UUUGCACUGUGAAGGAGUUCAAUCAGUACAGGGACUAUCUGACCAGGCAUAAGCUGUUUUCAGAGCAGAUGUUGAUGCGGAAAGAGGGAAGGACUCAGCCACCCCCGGCCAAAUCAAAACAUGGCCCCAAACGGCCCGGAACCACCAACACUUCCCGCCAGGCGGAGCAGAGGCUGAAGGCUCAAAAACCGUCUUGCCCACCUCAGCCCAAGAACAGGAAGACUCCCCUCAAAUCAGGCCAAAUCUACUCCAGAGCUGGGCUGGGCCAGGAAGGUGCCAAGAAGAGCACUCGUGCUCAAUCCCAGAGGAAGCCAGACACUGCUGCCAGCGGCCUGUUUGAGCAAUCAACAGAAGCCCAGAAGCUUGAAGAGCUGGCUGAGACUGUGGUGCAAAAAGUGUUGGAGAGGUUGAAGGUUACCGGGGAUAAGCGUGUCAGCUGUCUAAGGAGGAUUGCGCAGGCGAUCAGAGGAAGAUUUUUUGGCAGCUGCAUGAGAGUAGAGCUUUCGGAUUCUUCUGUAGAUCACCGUGAGGAAAUGGAAGCGGUGGCCAAAGAGCUUGUAGCAACUGUGCUGGAGAUCUUGGGGGAGCGUCUGGCAUCCAGCACGUCCAAAGCUCCUGAGCCAGGGGCAGCAGCCAGGCAGAAGGAGCAGCCUGUUGAUGGAGGAGCCACCCAAGCAGGCGAAUCCAAGGAAAAUGAAAUAGCCACUUUGGACAUAGCAUCUGCACAGUCUUCCCUUGACAAACUCACCAGAGAAGUUGUUGAAAGUGUUCACUGCACCUUGCAAACCUUUGUAGCUUCUCAGUUUGAACAAGACUCUACUUGUGAGCACACUGAAAUUCUGGAGCUUCCUGGGGGAAACGACUCCAACAGAGAGCUGCAGCCAGGAUUCCCUGGAGCAUCUGAACAGCAGAACCUGGAAGCAAGCACAGGAGUGAAGUUGCCUGCCUUAGAACCACAGCAGCGUGUAAAAGGGACUGGCCGUGCCAAAACCAUGGAGCCUGAGGGUCUUGCAACAGUGGAGGAGAACUUGGAGAAAAAAAUGAAUCUGGAGUCAACUGCCUUAGCUGACUCUUUGGAUAUAAGGUCCAUGGCAGAUCGGAUUGUUGACUCGGUGUUAGAGCGGAUGAACGAGCCUGAGGCUGCACUGACCACCCAACAGGAUUGCAAAGGGCCUGUGGCAAACCCCCGGAUUUCCCGCCAGCCCGUCCCUCCGGCGGGGCCGAAGCCCCCUGCCCGUGCCGGAGCACGGCACAGAGCUGUGCACCCACAGCCCAUCUGAGGAGAGCAAGGUGUGUGGCAGGAGAGGUGAAGAGCCCCCGGACAGCAAACACAGACCCACACCCUUGUUUUGUCAAUAAAGAGUUUGCUGCCAAGGGCUUGCUUGUGC